AUGGGCAUCGAAUGCUUAGUUCUUGGUGCCGGGCAGGAAAUUGGGAAGAGCUGCGUGGUAGUAACAAUCAAUGGGAAGCGGAUCAUGUUUGAUUGUGGGAUGCACCUGGGUCACAGUGACGAAGAGCGUUACCCUGAUUUUUCUCUCAUUAAUGGCUCCCUAGAUUGUGUCGUUAUCACUCACUUUCAUCUGGAUCAUAUUGGCGCGCUUCCUUACUUCACUGAAGUUAUUGGUUAUAGUGGUCCCAUUUACAUGACGUACCCGACAAAGGCGUUGGCUCCUUUGAUGUUGGUGGAUUUUCUAAGGAUAUCGGUUGGUAGGGGUGUGGAAGAGAAGUUUACCGCCGACGAUAUUACUGCGUGCAUGAAGAAAGUCACCCCAAUUGAUCUGAAACAGAAUAUACAAGUUGGCAAGGAUCUUCAAAUUCGUGCGUACUAUGCAGGACACGUUCUUGGAGCUGCAAUGGUUUAUGCAAAGGUAGGAGAUGCAUCUAUGGUCUACACAGGUGACUACAAUAUGACUCCAGAUAGACAUCUUGGGGCUGCACAAAUUGAUCCACUCGAACUAGACCUUGUUAUAACAGAGUCUACCUAUGCAACGACUGUACGUGAUUCAAAACAUGCUAGUGAGAGAAAGUUUCUGAAAGCUGUUCAUGACUGUGUUGUUGCUGGAGGAAAGGUCCUGAUUCCGACAUUUGCACUUGGAAGAGCUCAGGAGCUGUUCAUUUUGCUGGAAGACUACUGGGAACGUAUGAAUCUGAAGGUUCCUAUAUAUUUCUCAUCAGGUUUGACCAGGCAAGCUAAUAUAUACUACAAGACCCUUAUGAGCUGGACCAAUCAGAAGAUCAAAGAUACAAUUGCACUGCAGAAUGCAUUUAAUUUCAAACAUGUUGUCAGUUUUGAUCGGUCACAGAUAAAUGCUCCUGGGUCUUGUGUUCUCUUUGCCUCGCCUGGAAUGCUCUCUGGCGGCCUUUCACUGGAGGUCUUCAAGCAGUGGGCUCCUUCCAAGGUGAAUCUUGUGAUGCUGCCUGGGCACUGUGUAGCUGGAACAAUAGGACACAAGCUUGCGUCCGGUAAACUAACUAAACUCUAUGCGGACAAUAAUAGCCAAAUAGAAAUCCGUUGUAAGAACGUUAAUUUGUCUUUCAGUGCACAUACUGAUUCCAAAGGAAUUAUGGAUCUCCUGAAGUUUCUGUCUCCCAAGCACGUGAUGCUAGUGCAUGGUGAGAAGCCCCGUAUGUCCAUUCUGAAAAAGAAGAUAGAGUCUGGAAUGGGAAUCAAGUGCUUUGAUCCACCAAAUGGUGGGGUGGUGAAGAUUCCUUCCGCCGUCCAUGUGAAAGCUCAAACCACAGAUUCAUUUGCCAAGAGUUGCCAGAGUCCCAAUUUCAGCUUGUCAAGAUGUUCCACAUCGGGUGCAGUUUUAUCAACAGACCUCACCUCGCCGCUGAUGGUAAGCGAAGAAAGAGUUAGUGAAGCUAUCUUAUUUAUGGAUAGAAGCAAGGCGAGAGGCGUACACAAGGAGGAGCUGGAACUGAUCGGGUCGGGAGAAGGAAAGUCCCAGGUUUUUCUGUAUGGCCAUUGCUUUCCAAUUAGAAGCGAUAACUUAACGAAGGCAACAGGUAGGCUCGGGCUUUCUGGUAACCGCUCUUGGCUCAAGGUGCUAGCCUUGGAACUGUCACAUUUGUUUCCCCAAACCGAUGUCCAUAAUAUGGGAGAUUUUCUCCAAGUGGGUUCGUUUCAACUGUCUGUGUGCCCGAAUCAGAGCUGCACUCGUCGAUCAUCUGAUGUUCCGGGGGAUCACGCAACGACCUGCACAUAUCUUUGCUGCAGUUGGUGCAUGGAAGACGAGAAGUUGGCUUUGGCGAUCAUUUCAUCAGUCAGAAACAGUCUUUAA